AUUGGGUUCUGAAGGCGGAUGAUGAUACUUAUGUUAUAAUGGAAAAUCUUCAUGCAAUGCUUGCCCUACAUGACCCUGAUAUCCCAACCUUCUUUGGUGCUCACUAUAAUCUUGAAGUACCGGGGGGAACAGUGAGUGGAGGGGCAGGAUAUCUUCUUUCCAGAAAAGCUGUUGAACUUGUAGUGACUGAAGCAUUUACAAAUAAAAGCUUAUGUAGGGAGCAAGAUGAUGGAAGAGAAGAUGCUGAAAUGGCCUGGUGUCUUUCCAGGCUAGGCGUUCAUCCCUCCGUAUCUAGGGACAUUAAGAGAGAUGAAGAAACCUUUAUCCCUCUUCACAUUUGGUCAAUGAUGACACUGACUGAGGGUAGCUGGAUGUCUACAUAUAUGAUGAAAAAACCACUAACAGGGUUUGACUGCUGUAGUGAACGAGCAAUAUCAUUUCAUUAUAUUUCUCAUCCAAGGUAUAUUUUAUAUAUCAAUUACUUUUGA